UAUUUUGUGGCUUUUUGCAGAUAUAUGACGAUUUGGUGUCGUUUUUAUGUGUCACAUAUGUCGCGUAGCUGACAUUCCUUUGAUUCCGGCGCCUGCGCCGCGUCGUAUUCCUUGGAAACUGACAUGAACUCUUCGUAUGUCUAGGAAUGGCUGGAAAGCAAAACGUUCAGGUGCGAAUUCUUCUGGGUCACACGGUCAAGAAAAGAGCGUUCCCCAGUUCGGAAGGCUACACCCACGACUGGACUGUGUUCGUUCGCGGAGAUGUGGAUGUCAAUCUAUCUUGCUUUGUGGAGAAAGUGAUAUUCACCAUUCAUCCGAGUUUUCCUAGACCGAAACGAGUUGUGAAAGAGCCUCCGUAUGAGUUGUCGGAGAGUGGCUACGCCGGGUUCCUGCUCAAGAUCGAGCUCGUUUUCAAGACCAGCCUCGAACCGAGAAGCGCCAAAUUCGACCUUGAUCUGUUCUUCAACAGCGACCCUUCGAUGGAUGCCAAUUCGAUCCGUCCCGAAAAGCUUACGUUUCAGAAACCGGGAGAGGACUUCAAACGAAAACUACUGCCAGGCGGGGGCCUGCCAGCAGAGGGCCUUGUCGUCGUCGUCGUCGACCUUGAAAUUAUCGCCGUCGUCACCACUCGUGGUGUGUCGUCGACAAGCCGAGUCACGAGGAUGAAAUCCCGUCAGCUUCGCAUCCAUCACGUGACGACACCUUUAUUCGGGGUCAAACCCUAUGAAGUGAAGCAAUCCCAAUUCUUAACCGCAUUUCUCCACAGUGUGUCGAGCAUGCAUUCUCAUCUUCAUCAAACACGACCAAAAUAG